GAAAUUUCAAUCUCGAAGAUACUUCAGGCCCGAUUCAAACAACCGUUGGACAACUCGUGACAAAGAUAAGGCGAACCCCAGCCAAUGGCUACUGCUCCACUCCAACCUGGAUGCCCGCCUCCACGUGCCCGCCAGAGUAGCUGAUCUCCGAUUUUCAGGAUGAGAAACAAUGCCGAGUGAAAGCUGAUGAUUUGCCAAGCCUUACUUGCAUUAGGGCAAUGCGGCUCAACAAGCAUCCCUCCACAAAUUGUCUUUUGCGAAACUUCAACCAGAAUCAAACCCACCAACAGAAGGAACCAGCACCCCCGGAAGUAUGCCGAAAGAAGCCAAAAAGCGCGGUCGUCGUGCCGAAAGGAAGCGGAAGGAAGAAGCGGAGAAGGGGCAGCCCGGUCCUCAAGUCGUUGCACUAGCGGAAGAGGCCGGGCAUUUCCACAGCGGGUAUGAUGGUGUGGAGGCCUGGGGUGAGGAGGAGGAUACUCAGUUUUACGGACUGCUCAAUGGGGAGGAAUCGGAGUACUUCCGGAAAGCGGACGAGAUUUUGGAACUGAACCAGUUUGGGGAUGGGGAUGGUAUUUCCCAGUUCUCUGCCCAAUUGGGAAUUUCUGGAUAGCUAAUGCUAGGAUGGCUUUUGCUAUAGAGAGAGCGCUAUUCAUUGCAAACGUUUGGAAAGAGGCCAAUGGGAAGGAACUCAAGAUUGCCAAUAGCCAAGGGUGCUCUAGGUUGCUGGAGAGACUGAUACUUAUGUCUUCGCCGAGUCAAUUAAAGUCUCUUUGGCGGAAAUUCACUGGGCAGUAAGGGUUUGCUCGAUUCUCCGGGCUGGAGAAAGUGCUGACUGGUUGGGAAUAGUUUCUUGAACUUAGCGCAGCAUCGGUUUGCGUCGCAUUGCUGCGAGAUGUUGUUCCGACAGUCAGUGGGGAUUGCCUCGAAAGAGAUGGAAGAUGAUUAUGUCGACGACACAGUAACAGACGAGUUCUUUGCCAGUAUGGAGAGCCUGUUCUUAUAUAUGCUUAGCGUAUGUCUUCACCACAAGUAUACCUUUGUGUGGGUGCUAACCAGAGUUAGGAGCUCGAGCCACAACUCAAACACUUGUGCACUGAUAGGUUUGCUUCACACACCGUUCGGGGAUUGCUGCUUUUGCUAUCGGGACAAACAGUCCCGUCAGAUGUGGUACAGAGCAGGAAAAAGGAAAAGAUCACUCUCUCAUCUGAUUUUGCUCCUAUCUCAGAACCAGCGGAAAAUAUACCCGUACCACAGUCAUUCCACGAUGCUAUAGGGAAAAUUCUCGCUGCCACGGCCGGAGGUAUGUCAACGGAGGAAAUCCGGUCGAUGGCAGUCCACCAAAUUGGAGGUCCAACGCUACAAGUUCUGAUGCAACUAGAAAUGGGCCGUAGUAGUAAUGAUAAAAAGGCAGGAGCAGCAUCAAAAGAGAACACCCUCCUAGGGAAGCUCACAGGAAUAAGCGCUGAGGAUGAGAAAUCCGGCGAAUCGGACUCUUCGUCGUUCUUCAAUAAUUUACUCUACGAUCCGGUAGGCUCACACCUUGCAGAGAAAAUAGUGGUGUAUGCACCGAAAAAGGACUUCAAGAAAUUGUACAAAGCCUUCUUCAAAGGAAGGAUAGGAAGUCUUGCCAGGAACGAAACUGCGGGGUUUGUUGUCCAGAGGAUUUUGGGGAGGCUUGAGAAGCAUAUGCUUGAGGAGGCCUUAGGGGAGAUAUUACCGCAGGUUAAAGGAUUGAUUGGUAUGUUUGCCGGGAUAAGUAAUGUAAUGUAUGCAUGUGCUUACCCCCCGGCGCAGAAAGGUCGCAGGUUGCUGUCGUGAAGACUUUGAUAGACCGCUGUGCGAAACAGGGUGUUGAAGCAAGCGGCAUUGCAGAGGUAUGUUGAUCCUUCGACUCAUCAUAUGUGUCCGCCCUCUCACACACCACAGGCCAUAGCGUCCGCCUACGGUUGCGAGCCAGCAGAAUUAAUAUUCAACAUGAUGGGGCUUACCCCAGAAGAUCUAACCCCCAAAGAAGAGACCUCCGGAAAGGCCAAACGGGAUCCAUCACAACGGUACGGCUCUCUAUUAGCUCAAUCAAUGCUCCAACUCCCAGGCAAAUUCCACGGGAUAAUCAGCGAAAGGUUAGAAUAGAUGGCCCGCCCUCUAUCCCUCCCCCCCUCUUCACAUAAACCAAUUAACAUCGCUACAGCAUCCUCGCCCAACCCCCGCAAACGAUUGCUGGCCUAUCGCAGCUUCCACAAGCCUCCCACCUAAUCCAAGCAUACCUCCAAUCCCCCCACACCACAACUCCAAACAAGCGCACCCUCCUAAACAUCCUGAAAGGCUCCUUCGUAACCCUAUCACUCAGUCCCAACGGCUCGCACAUAGUCGACGCGUGCUGGCCAGCUACCCAGGGGAUAAUGUACAUCAAGCAAGCGAUAGCCAGCGAACUGCUAUCCGGUGAGGCCUCCAUGCGAGAGAGCUUCUUUGGCCGGGUGGUCUGGCGGAACUGGUCCAUGGAUAAAUAUAAACGCAGUCGCAAUCAGUGGUUCGCAAUCGCCAACGGGGGGCCAAUGGAUGGCGAUAGGAAUAAUAAUAGUAAUAAAGUGGAAAAGAAAAAGACUGCUAUCGAGGUUUGUUUCCGUUUCAUACACUUUUUUUCUUUUCCCCCAUGUGGUUGAAUCGGGGAAUGGUUGGAUGAAGCUGACGAUUGAUGCGACGUCACGCCAGCUCGCGCGGGAACGUCACGCCUCUAGGAAGAACUCGGCAACCGGCCCCAACAAACGCCGCCAGGAACAGGGAUCUGUCGGAAUAAAGAAAAUCCGGCGGUGA